AAACAAACUAAUUCGCAGUACUUGCAAAAAAAAAUUACUAGUUACUUUGGUUUUUGACCUUGAAAACGGUAGAGUUGCUGGUUAAUGGUCACAACCACUUAAGUAGAUUAUAUAGACCUGUGGAAGGGCAGUCAGUCAACCGUCUGGCCGCACUUUUUUGCACUUAUCAUUGCGCAGUCACAAUUGCGAAUUGCACAAAGAACGUCAAUAUUUAUAAAUCGAAUUAACGCUGCACCCAAAAAGUGAAUCCUCCGCCGACGAAUGGAUCAUCGGGUUUUUCUGUCGCUGAUCUUUGUGCUCAGCGGCACCUUCAACGUUCUGGUGGUGAAGUGGGCCAAUCAACAACAGGUAAUCGGCAGCCAUGGCAAACUCCAUGGAUUCCAGCACCCUGUGGUGUUCACACUGCUCAUGUUCCUGGGCGAGUUCCUGUGCUUUGUGGUCUUCAAGGUGAUCCGCCUGAUCUCCAGUCGUCGUGGAGUGAUAUCCGAUCUGGAUAGCAUCUUGUCGCAGGACAGCAGUGAGUUCCGCCCUGUGAGCAUGAUACUGCCCACCUUGCUGGAUGCAAUAGCCUCCAUUUUGCUGUUCACCGGACUUUACUUGACUUAUGCCACCAGCUUUCAGAUGAUAAGGGGUGCCGCUCUGAUCUUUGUGGGCAUCUUCAGCACCAUGUUUCUGAACCACACGCUGACCGGACGGCACUGGCUGGCCAUCUUUACGAUUUCCUGCGGCCUGCUGGACAUUAUCAGUCUGGACGUCCAGCGCGUUGAGUACGACGUGGUCACGUUGCCGUACACGGACAAAAAACCCAUUCUGACCGGCGACUUACUCAUCAUCAUUGCUGAGAUUCUGCACGGACUGCAGUAUGUUUACGAGGAGAAACAGCUCAAAACCUCGAAUGUUGCCCCACUGCAAGCUGCCGGCUGGCAGGGAAUCUUCGGCUUGGUCAUCACCUCGCUGCUGGCCAUUUGUAUGAACUUCCUGCCGAGCAUAGAUCCAUUUAACCACAGUUCCCGUGCAGUUUUCGACGAUUGGGGUGAUCUCCUUGCGGCUUUGCAAGGGAAUAUCUCGUUGAUAAUGGUUCUGAUUGCCUUCACUAUCUCAUGUGCCAUGUACAACUUCAUUGGACUCUUCAUUGCGAUGUACUCGUCCAGUGCCAACCGACUUCUGGCCGAUGGUCUACGCGUAUACUUCAUCUGGGUGUUUGUGAUUGUCAUGGAGUGGGAGUACAUGAAUCUGGUCACGAUCAUGGGCUUCAUCAUCCUGCAAAUGGGUAUCAUUCUAUAUCGACAGGCCCUGUUCCUCGACUGGUAUCGAGCUGCAGUGGCCCGCUGGUAUCGCGCUCGCUACGUGGAUUUGGGUUCUGAGAAUGCAGCUGUUCCGAACAGCCGGCCAGCGGAUGUGAUCUAAGGCAACUGAGGAAUAGCUGAAGUGAAAGGAUUGUGAUGAGAGAGAUGGGCUGCAAAUCAGCCCUGGGCUGAUUCUUGAAAAUUACUUAUCGAUUAUAUGUAUAGAUGCAAUAAGAAAAUACACACAUUAAAUGUUAAUUGAGCUCCUAGAAGGCAACUCAUUUUGUUAAAUUCAAAUUAUUGAUCCAUGUAAAAACCGAAAGGUUGCUAUGGCAGCUAUAUUAUAUAGUGCAUCCGGCAAUAAAAAAAACACUUCUAUAUAA